AUGAUGGCGUACAUGUUACGCGAGAUGGCACUAGUGGAAGAACGUGACAACUAUCCGUUCGAUAAAUUUACUCACGAACGUAUUGCUGGUGUGCCGGAGCAAGAGGGUCCCGGGGAUUGCGGUGUCUACUGUCUGAAAUACAUCGAGUGUCACGCAACUGGAAACGCUUUCAUCAACGCAAUUCAUAGUAGGUAUGCUUGUGACAUUUUCAAGGAGACCGAUUGCAAGGGACCGAGGAUCCGUGACUGGGACGGUAUUGAUCCUUACGACGGGAGAUCCUGA